AUGCUGCUCCUCGCACUACUGCUACUGCUGCCCCUGCUGGCUGCUGCUCGCCUGCUAUGGGGCCAGUGGAUGCUCAGGACCCUCCACCUCCCACCUCUCGCCCCUGGCUUCCUUCAUCUGCUGCAGCCUAACCUCCCCAUCCACCUGCUUGGCCUGACUCAGAAGCUUGGGCCUGUCUACCGGGUCCGCCUGGGGCUGCAGGAGGUGGUGGUACUGAACUCCAAGAAGACCAUUGAGGAGGCCAUGGUCAAGAAGUGGGUGGACUUUGCUGGCAGACCCCAGACACCAUCUUUCAAGAUGGUGUCUCAGAAUAAUCAGGACCUGUCAGUAGGGGACUACUCUCCACUCUGGAAGGCUCACAAGAAGCUCAUCCGGUCAGCCCUCCUGCUGAGCAUGAGAAACUCCAUGGAGCCCCUCGUGCAGGAGUUGACACUGGAGUUCUGUGAGCGCAUGCAAGCUCAGGCUGGUGCCCCCCUGGCCAUCCAUAAGGAAUUCUCACUCCUCACUUGCACCAUCAUCUGCUACCUCACCUUUGGAAACAAGGAGGACUCCAUGGUGCGCGCCUUUCAUGACUGCAUUCAGGACUUGUUAAGCACCUGGCACCACUGGUCCAUCCUCAUUUUGGACAUUGUUCCUUUUCUCAGGUUCUUCCCUAACCCAGUUCUGUGGAAGCUGAAGAGGAUUAUAAAGAGGAGGGACCACAUGGUGAAGGAACAGCUGAGGCAGCACAAGGAUAGCCUCGUGGUAGGUCAGUGGAGGGACAUGACAGACUACAUGUUGCAAGAGAUGAAGAAGCAGAGAGUGGAAGGAGGAGCUGGGCAGCUUCUUGAAGGGCACGUGCACAUGGCUAUGGUGGACCUGUUCAUCGGUGGCACGGAUACCAUAGCAAGCACCCUCUCCUGGGCAGUGGCGUUCUUGCUUCAUCACCCUGAGAUUCAGUGGCGACUGCAGGAGGAACUGGACCGAGAGCUGGGCCCCAGGGUCCCCAAUUCUUGGGUCCAGUACAAGGAUCGCACGCGGCUGCCCUUGCUCAACGCCACCAUCGCCGAGGUGCUGCGCCUGCGGUCCUCUGUGCCCCUGGCCUUGCCCCACCGCACUACGCGGCCCAGCAGCAUCCUGGGCUACGAUAUCCCCGAGGGCAUGACCAUCAUCCCCAACCUCCUGGGCGCCCACCUGGACGAUGCCAUCUGGGAGCAGCCGCACGAGUUCCGCCCCGAGCGCUUCCUGGAGCCGGGCGCGCCCUCCAGAGCGCUGGCCUUCGGCUGCGGGGCGCGCGUGUGCGUGGGGGAGCCGCUAGCGCGCCUCGAGAUCUUCGUGGUGCUGGCGCAGCUGCUUCGAGCCUUCACGCUGCUGCCGGCGGCAGGCCACCCGCCCUCGCUGCAGCCGCUGGACAAGCAGAGCACCUCCCUGUGGAUGCAGCCUUUCGAGGUGCUGCUGCAGCCCCGGACGCCGGUGCCCCGGGCCUGA